CAUAUCUGAGUUUGUCUUCUCCACAAGCAUUAUCCAAAAUCAUAAGACUACUCGGUGUUCGAUCAAUUAAAACAAUGUAGGCUUCACAGAUGUUAAUUAAGUUACUUUUUCCUUCUACCACCGAGUGCAUUUAGCAUCAACAUUUAGGUGGAGGAGCUGCAGAUGUUCAGAGAUGUUUGUACUUGGUCAAAAUGCCAUUCGAAAUCAUUUGCUGAUCCAAAGCAAAAACAAGUUUCAGAGUACACUAAAUUUCUAAAGGAACUAUGAGCAUGGUUGUUGAUCGUAGCUUCAUGGAGGGGUCCUUCACUGUUAAGCAGCUGGAGAUCUUGUCGAAAAUUAGAACAAAAUCUUUGUCACCUGAAUCAGGGUACCAAUUGCCUAAAAAUGAGAGCCGAGUAGGACCAGUGGAAUGGCUGAAACCAUACACCGAUGAGAUAAUUAUAUUGUUGAGCUUGGGCAGAAAGGGGUCAAGAGCCUUUUGGCUGUUCCCAUUAGGCAAGUCUUGAUAGAGGAAGGGGAAAGCAAGGCGAAGGACCUUGGCGUCAUGUUUAUUAAAACCAGUGCUAAAGCUGGGUUUAACAUUGAGGUAUGCUUCAGAAAUAUAAACUGUCCACAUGUCUUUGGGAAGAUCUUUAUUUUUCUGCCUGCCAAUGACCAUCACAAACUUGUGAGCACGCGUUGUUCCGUAAAAUUGCUGCUGCACUUCCUGGAAUGGAGACACUGUCAUCAGCGAAGCAGGAAGACAUGGUUGAUGUGAACUUGAGGUCCGGCAAUGAAAAUUCGUCCCAGUCUCAGGUUCAGGCUGGGGAAUCCAGUUGUUAGUUGUUGUCUGUGACACUUACUGCUCAUGAUCUUUGAGACCCUGAGCAUCAGAACACGUUAUCACCUGCUGGCUGCUGCUUAGCCUUCUAUGGUUCUAUGCUCAGUGGAGGAGUGAAGACGAUGGAGGAGCCUGGGAAGGAAGCGAAACAAGCAAGGUGGCGCUCGUGGAGGGCGCGAGGGCUCCACCGCCACGCAGGCGUGUGCGUGAGAUCAACCGUGGCCCCAUCCUCUCUUUCAUGGCGGCCAGGCAUGCGAUUCAUUAUGUGAAAAAAUUUAGUUGUACAAUAUAUAUAAGAGCAUCAGUAGAUGUACUUAGACAUGCUUCUAAGCAUGUUUGUCCAUUUGACACAAUAAUCUUAUGUAGAAAUUCAAAGGGAGUGAAGCUAAAGAUAAUAUUCCUCAUUCAAGAAAUUCUCAA